AUGCUACAGGACUGUUUUGAAAUACCACAAGAUUUUAGAACAAGAAAAUGAUAUACUAACAUUUAGGGAAAACUACAAGGAAACAAUAAACCGCUUGGAUUUAGUUCGCAAGAAGAGAUGUGCUAAGGAUUCCCCCACUACAACAGCUGAUCCUCAUUCACAGAAAUUUAACGACUGCCAUGUCCGGAAAAAGGCCUGCGCUAACAGCCAGUUAAGAAGCAAAAGAAAACUACUUUCAGAUCAUCGAGACUCUUUUGCGGAUAACCCUUUCCAAGGUUUGGACAGUGAAGUUUUGUUGGACCCGAGAGACCGGAAAGCUAAAGGCAAUGCUCGCACGGAGGUCCACAUUGAUUACCCAUCCGGCAGAGUAAAAAACGUUAUUAAAGAAGAGUUAGAUGCCACCAUUAUAAGACAGGUUGCUCACCAAGAAUACCGUGGAGUAGCAAAUUCUCUUUGGAAACACUCAUCCCUAAAAGAUGAAAUAUUACAGAAGCUAUACUGUGAUAUCGAUAAAGAAUGCAACUCCUUAUGCAGCGACAAACAACCAUCCAUUUUGAAAAAAACGAAGGCAGAAGAUUUGGUCGCAUUUUCUGAAAGAAAAUGCGAAGAAGAAUUAGCAACAAGAGCACCUACAUUGUAUGGAUGCAUGUGCAGUUCCAGUUUAAGCCUUAGAAAAAAGAGGAAAACAAAAGGAGAUGGAAAUGGYGAUGAGAUGAGUGGCAGUGCAGCACCUAUCGUCUUUGCAGCUUCUAUUCUUUUGAAGCAGAGAUGUCCCCAGAUGUCUGCUCUUGCUUUCAGGUUUUCAUUGGGUGUCUUAUGGCAUGGUGGAGCUAAAAAACAGGGUUUUGUUCGUGCAAACCGUUGGGGGAUAUCUGUAAGCCAUAACAGCACCUUAAAGAAACUAGAUGAAAUGGGAAAGAAUUUUGAUUCUGAGGUAAAGACCUGGAAACGUGAGCUAGAGGACCAUCACCUGAUAAAUGAGAUGCUUGACCAUGUCGAUGAGUAUUUAACUACACAAGAAGUUCAAAAGCAAGAGCAAAUUCCAGAGGGGUUUCAGACAAUAAAUAUUAGUAGUCUGGAUCUAUCAUUCCCUACAGCUGAUUCAUCGAUAGGAUGUUGUAAUGAGAACAGCCAAUCAACAAACAGUGAUCUAGCAAAUAUGGAAGACUUCCUUGAUGAUUACAAGCAAUACAGCCAAAGUGAGAGCAUUAAAGCACUAUCUAAUGCUGGGAAUUGCCCUGUCUCUGACCAUCUGAUAACAAGUGGAUUUUCUGAAGGUGAUCUAAAGACAUUCAAUGACUUUGUCUUUGAUCAUGAAACUGUGGAUGAAUUAAACAAAUUGGACAAAAUAGAUGUCGGCAUUCUCAAAUCUCAUCAGAAUUCCAAUGAGCCUCCAAAAUACCAAAUUAUAGGUGACAAUUUAGAUAUGUAUGUUAAGGUGAAACAUAUGUCUAGUGAUAAACAGAACAGAAGCAUACAUUGGUUUGCCAUGAAUGCCAUUCAAGAUCGGGUGUCUUCCAAGUGCCCUGACAAUGCCACACAGAUUAAACCUAUUUUAGAGGUUGAAAAUUCAGAGUUCCUUCCCUCACCUGAAGACAACAAUAAACUACUACAAGAUUUCAUCCCAUUGGCUGCAAGAGUACUAGUUGAUAAAGUCCCUGACUUCAAGUGCUUCAGUGGAACUAUCAUCAAACACAUUCCACAUCAGUUUUCACAGGAGAUGAAG